AUGAAAAACAUAGGAAAGAGAUGCCAUGAGAGAUCUGUUGACCAAAAAGGAGUGGUCUUAUGUAACAUGUACAACCGAUGUCUUCUUGAGAAUGAUGUCCCUGCUCAGUGGAAGACGUCUUGGACAGUUCUUAUACAUAAGAAAGGUGAUGCUAGUGAUGUUUCUAACUUCCGACUUAUUGCACUUAUGAGUUGCAUAUACAAGUUGUUCAUGAGUGUAAUGGCCGAGUGAUUGGUGAACUCUUCUGUUGAAAUUAACUAUCAAGUUCCCAGAAGAGCGCGAGACCCACAGAAGGUUGUUAUGAGGACACAUUCAUCCUACAAUCCCUUGUUCUUGAUGCCAAACGACACCAGAUAACCUAUUCCUUGCCUGGUUAGAUCUGGUGAGGUAGUGUUCCUCAUGAAGUCAUUUUGGUCACUUUAUCCCAUCUUGGUGUUCCUGACUCUGUUGUGAACCUCGUGAAGAAUGUGUAUAUGAAUGCCACCACUGAAGUUCGAAUGCCAGCUGGUAUCACACAGUUCGAAUCCCAGCGGGUGUCAAACAAGGAGGUCUGUUAUCCCCUAUUCUGUUUAACAUGUGCAUUGACAUCAUCCUUCAUGCUGUCUCUUCAUCAGGCCAUAACAUUGGUCCUGUUAAGCAUUAUAAUGGUGAGAUAUAAGUCCUUGCCUAUGCCAAUGAUCUCGUUCUUAUAUCCAGAAACAAGGAUAACUUACAACUCCUAUUAGAUGCUGCCAGUUCGUCUGCUGAUCUCAUUGGUCCCAAAUUCCUUCAUAAUAAGUAUGCAUCCUUAAGUAUGACCUGCAACAAAAGAUGCAAAGAUAACAUCCAGCUGAAUAAACUCAAAGUCCAAGGUAAAGACAUUCCCGCCCUUAAAGAACAUGAACAUUACAGAUACCUCGGUGUACCUAUUGGUAUGAUUUGUGAUGCUGACUCCCUAGUUGAUGAUUUAUGUAGAGAUCUAGAGAGAAUCAGUUCAUCUUUGUUGGCUCUGUGGAAAAAAUUGGACGCCAUUCGAACUUUUGUUCACCCUUGUCUUACAUUUGCAUUACAUGCUGGUGAGCCUCAAAAAAGCUUCCCUUGUAUUGUACAGAAAGAAGCUAGUUAACUCAAUUCAAUCCGCCAAUAUUAAUUUCCGAUGUAUAUGACGGGAAGAUUAAAUAUGAAAGAACUCUGAGUAUUUGCAGUAGAUUACAUUCAUAGCAGUUACAUUCAUAAAUUUUUUUGACAUAUUUGAAAUUUGAACCGGUAGAGAUAUUUAUGCAUAAUUGCAACAUUUUUUUAUAUCAUAAUUUAUGCAAAUUUAUGCGAGUAAAUCGUUAACCAAACUCCGCAUGAAAUUGAAAUUGGUAUCGUUGGAAAGUGGAAGUCCUCCUCUUUCGAACGAUGCAAUUUCUGUUCUCGUACGAUGUAUACUUUGAAAGAUAUAUGCAUUUAAAACAACACCACUCGAAAUUGCUAAUUUUUUACCGGAUGGGAAUGAGUUAAAGUUGUUUGUUCAAUUUGUAACCUUCCCCUUAGAGCUACCUCCCACGUCAUCUUCGCUUCCUCCAAAGCCGGUUUUCAAGACUCCCUAGCCAAAGUUGAUAUCCAAAUUGUUGUCCAGGUGAUCAAGAUGUUAUCUUCCAGUGAUCCUUUUGUCUCAGCUGUUGCAAUUG